CCAUAAAAAACACAAAACCAACUUUCACAAUUUCCAUCGAUAUUUUAGCGGAUAACAAACUCAUAGCGCGUACGUUUAAACUUUCCAGUAGUCAACAUAGUCUUCACAUAGUUUCCAAAAUAAUUAGUUAUGGAAUUGGAAGUAACUUACCUUUGUACUUUCUUAUUUGCUUAUCAAGCUAGGUAGAGUCUUUGCUUGUUUGAAAUCAAUUUUUUUGACAUUUGACAGAAUAAUUUAACAACCGUCAACUCACAACUGGAAGAAUUUUCAUGAAUGGGAUAGUUUAGGCAGGUUUAUACAAGUUUCAUAUAAUUACCAAUUUAUAGAAGCUUAUUUUAAUAUUCUAAAUGUACAAAGUUUUCGUGUGAAUUAUUGUUUACUUUGAGCCCACUGGUUGUUUUUUGAUUUACCCAGAAACUAAGACCUACAUAAAAAAAAAUUUGGAUUUUUUAUAACUGCUUCCACAACUAUAGCUAUACAUUCCUAAAAUGAGUGGACAAGAACAAGAAUCAAAUGAACCUCAGUUUACUCCUCAGGAAGUAGAAAAACAAGAGGAAGCUAAACUGAAAGCUAAAUACAGCUUUCCUCCUGGAGGAGGACCUGCUUUGAAAGCAAGUGGACAUUCAGCAUUUUUACAGAAGCGUCUAUCAAAAGGUCAAAAAUAUUUUGACUCUGGAGAUUAUCAAAUGGCAAAACAAAAAUUUGGAAAUAUUACCAACAAACCAGGACUUCCCCUUCCUGGACCAAAUUCAUAUGUAGGGACUGGCGAUACUAUUCCUACACCUGACACUGUUCCAAUAAGGAAAACAUCCAUAGUUCAACCGUCAAAAUUUUCUAAUGUUAGUUAGGGAUUGUUUUAAAUCAGUAAUUUUAUUUUUAGUUUUUAAUAUAUUUUUAAGUAAAUAUGUAAUGGCAUAUGAGUAAAUGAGCAUGACGAAUUACAGAAAUAAUGAAAUAAUCAAAUUUUAUAGAAGGUCCAUAAUAAUAAUUAAUAACUACUAACCUUGGCAGAAAAAAAUUGACUUAUAAUGACUUUAUGCCAUAAAUAUUGCAGACUCGUGUCUUAGGGACAAAUGUGAAGAGGAAAAUGAAAUUUUCGCAUUUUUUUUUGUCAAUUGUUAAUUCAAUUUUCCUGUUACAAUAAUAUAACUUUCCAAAGAAUUACUUAUUUUUUUUAAAUUUUUCUGAUCGAAAUUGCUCAAUCAGCAAGUGCCAUUUGAUUAUUGUAAAAAUGUUAUAUUGAUGAUGGUUGUUAAACUUGCUGAAAAUUGUUCCCCUAAUACUACAUAUUGUCAUUGCUAUUUGUGCAUACUAUUUAAAUAUAUAUGUAAUAAAAAAUUAUGUUUUAUUAUUACAAUUCAUUUAUUGUUUAGAAAUAAAUGGUUAUAAAUCCUGUCCAUUUUUGUGAAUGGUCAAAAUCUGUGGGGUAAUGAAUCAUUACACAAUAGUUUUAAGUAAUAAUUCAUAUUUAACUCAUAAAAAAAUCACAAUAAUGUAUUUAUUGUUCUAUACAAAGUUAAAAUAAGUAUCAAAUUAAUAAGAUUCGCCCUGUAAAUCUAAAAACGUUAUGAGUAGUCCAGACAUUAAUAUAAAAUACAACCAUCUGUUUGUAACCAACAAAUCGAGAUAUACAAACUGCUCUUGGCAAAGUUUUCUCUUUAAAUAACAUGUACUUACCCCAUUUGGUCUAUUAAGAGAUUCGUUAUUUUAUUAUAUAUUUGUAGCAAGUCUGUACAUACUUUUGUAUUUUCCGAGUUAGCAACACUAUUCAAUAAACUAUAAACCUGUGCGA